UCUUCCACUUCAAUUUUACGAAGUGGGAAGGGGAGAGAGCAACCUUCCCAAAAAAAUCGAAAGGGAGAGAGCAAUGGAUGGAAAAUUUUCUUGCUGAGUAAAUUUUCUGGGGAAAAGGAAGAAAAUAAACGAGAUGAGUAACAGUAACAGUUCAUUGUCAUCAUCACCGGCUCGUUCUUCCAUUUCCACUACAGCAAUCGCAGGGACGAAUGCUCCUUCUGCUCUCGCCGUCGAUGACUUCCACUUCCCUGCCGAUAUCAUAUCCAUCCAAGAUCGCAAGGACGAGGCACUUCUUGUUCUGAAAUCUGAUUUAAUGGCUGCACUUAACAAGGAGGUUAAAUCUUUGGAUGAAGAUAGCUGGAUGUUUGAUGGACCUCGGUCACGUAUUAAUCGAAUAUCAAGGCGAGGUCUUCAGUACAAGCAUAUGGAAGUAACAAAAGAUCGUCACAUGGCCCCACCAAAAUGAUUCAGUAACUCUGCUGAGCAUCAUCUUGUACCCGUUGUCUGUCGAGAGCUGCUGUUUUUACCCGUUGUCUUGAUUCUGGAUGUUCAACUAGUUAUCUAAACCUAGGAACGUAUAGUUAAGUCGAUCAACAUGCACGAUUUUAAAAAAUUAAACACGAAAGUGUCAACUGUAAGUUGGGUUACAUUUUGGAUUCUGUUUUAAUCAAAGCUAUAUAGGAUUGUUGAUUUA